ACGGAGGGAAGAGGAGAUGGGAAGCUGAGAGAGAACCGUGGUGUCCCGGGGCGGAUUGGUGCUAGCCGUGCCUGGGUAUCGAUGGCAACUGACCCGUGAAAAUGACUUUUGAGGUCUCGUGAGGUCGGGUUACCGUUCAGCCAUGUUGCAGGAGAGCGAUAGGAGAGGGAGGAGGGAGGGAGGAGGUGUGUGUGGGGGGGCCGUUGGACUCUUGACACCUGCCCUUGUUCCCCAUAACUGAAGGCAGCGCGAGGGAAAACCGUUAAAAAUGUCUAAAUUGGCAGUUAGGCGGCUCUAAAUGGCGUGAUGACUUUCUGACUCGGUGUGGCGGGGAGUCGGAGUGCCGUUCAGCCAUGUUGCGGGGGGGGGGAGUACAAGAGGAGGAGGAGGAGGGAGGUAACUAGCUAACAGCGGGGCUCCGGGGGCUCUGACUCCGACCGACCGACCGACACCGAGGGGGACGUGAGGGGAAGGGGAGGGGGUGUUGUGGAGAAACUGGUGCCCGGUGAUUGUCGCUCCCCUGCCGGAUGCGGCGGCAGCAGCAGCCCGCGCGGUGUCGCUUAGAGACGGAGGCAGGAGGCAGAGCGAAACGGGGUCGACGGGGGUAGGCCAAAGAGUGACCAGGGCUAACAGCCGGUGGCGGGUGGAGUAGUUAUUGACGAUCACUGAUCACAAUUGACGAUUAUUUUUUUCGGCAGGAAGGUCAGGGCAGGAGGUGACGAGGCAGGGUCCGUUACUAUGGUCAACGAGAGCCAGCAACAGCUCGCUCUGAAGAUCAAAUCCUCCCUCGUUUCCUCUCUCUACGAUGCUCUGCUCACGUCCAUAUGUUGAAGAACACACUCAUCUUAUUUUAGCACCACUGCCUUCCUCCUCCUCCUCCUCCUCUUCCUCCUCUUCCUCCUCUCUUGCCCUCCUCUCUUCUGAGUUUUGACUCCCUUUUUCACUGUCUCUCUCUUUGUGUCUCUCUUUCUCUCUCCUUCUUAUUUUUUUCACACACACGCGGAAAAAGAAAAUGAAGCGUGGGUCGAGUGUGUUGCAGCCUCACUCUGAUGCAGCCAAACGACACGCACACCCUGCAAACACACACACAAAGACACACACAGUUGAUGACGCACAAGCCGCAGGUUCGAGCCCCUUCCCAGCAGCCACCUCUCUUUUCAGCCCCGAUGUCAGCACCAAGAUGGCGUCUGACCUCCUCAUCAGGCUGUCAGAGGCCACCCAGAAGGCCCAGAUGCAUCCUGGGAGCCGAGAGGAAGCGGAGCAGCAGGAUGAGCCAGGCGUCGCUCUCUCGCCGGACAGCCCCGGGGCGAGUCCCGAGCCACCGUCCCUCACGCACACGCCUGACGGCAAUGCCGCUACGGACACGCUAGCUUCAGAUCUGCUCCGGAAGCUAGCGGAGCGUCAGGAAGUGAAUGGCCAUGUGGUGAGGCUCAAAGAAGAAGAAGAGCCAAUGGAAGUCGACACAGUAGCUCAGAGUCAAGUAGUAACAGAAGAAGUUACUCCGCCUGUCCCAAAAAUGGUCAAUCACCACAUCUUCAGUGUUAAAACAGAAGAUCGGGGCCUCACCGGGAACAAAGUGGCUGAGGAGUUGCACCCCAGAGCCAAAAUGGCGGACCGGUGUCUCUUUGGCCUUAAUAUAGAAGGCAAGUUCUGUGCUGAAGGAUGCCCACCUGGUUCCGCAAUGGCAGACAGUGCAGUCUCUGGAGCCAAACAGUUUCACUUUCAAGUGAACAUGGAGAAUGUCUCUGGACCCAAGAUGUCGGACCACCUUCUAACUGGAGCCAAGAUUGAGGACCAGGUUCUCUUUAAAGCGAAGUUUGCCGAGCGGCCUUUCUCUGGAGUCAAGGUAACCAACAAGUUUCUCUCUGGAGUCAAAACGGAGGACCAGUUUGCUUCAGGGGCCAAGAUGGAGAACCAGGUUUUCUCCGGGGUGAAGACGGAGGAGCAGCUCUUCUUUGGAGCCAAAAUGGAAGACCAAUUUACCUCUGGAGCCAAGAUGGCUGACCAGUGCCUCAGAGCAGUGCUGUGGCAGGACAUGUCAGUGAACCUGGCGUCGACGCUGCUGCACCAACUGUCAGAGAGGGUCGGUAAAUCCAACAGUCAGCUGGUGGACAGGAUGACUCCACCCAUCAGAAGCAGUCCUGUUUUGAAGGGCAACGAGGACCAGCACCACUCUUCCCCAGCAGUGAUCAGCUCCCAAACACCUCCACUUGAAACCCAAACCAGCCUCAGCAGACACCAAACCACAGGUUGCUCUUACUUUUUCAGGUGUCACGUGUGCGGCUUUGAGACCGAGGGACAGGCUCUUUUCCAGAGUCACAUGACCGAACACCGCCAAUGGGAGCACAGAUCCUUCUCGCUGCACUGCUGCGUGUGCGACCACUCGACCAAUCAGGAGGCAGAGAUGAGGGCUCACGUCGGCACGCACAUUCAGGGCGACGCAGUAGAAGUGAGAUGCCCUGUUACCCUCCCUGCUACAGCUUCCACCUCCAGCAGCGGUGCUCCGGCAGUUGCCACGGCAACCCAGCCGGAGACAAGCACCUCAGAGCAUCGCUGCCGCAUCUGCCAGAGGUCGUUUCCAGGGCAACAGGAGCUGCUGGUUCACUUCCAGGGUCAUCGCCAGGGCAACCAGUACCGCUGCGACCGGUGCGGCCACCUGACCCGGACAGCCAACAAGCUGGUGGAGCACGUGCGCGUUCACACGGGGGAGCGACCUUUCACCUGUGACCUCUGCCCCUACAGCGCCAAGCGGCGAGACAGUCUGCGCCUGCAUUGCAAGGUCAAACACGCUGCGCACUUCUUCAACGGUGGCGCGGCGGACACGCCCGCCGACGUGCACACACACCGGUCAUAUGUGCAUGCAGACAAUCAGCGCUCGAACAAGCACGUCCAGCGGCUGCACACACCGCCAAGCGCUCACACCGCUGCAUCCUCCUCCUCUGUUCCUCCUCCUCCUCUUCUUCUUCACCCAUCGCUGUCCGACCGUGCCGGAUGGAGGGAUUUGUCUCCUCUCCUCCCGAUCACGACCCUCAUCUCUCUGAAACAGCGUUCUCCUUCAUCUUCCUCCUCUUCCUCUUCCUCUUUCUCUACCAAACACUCUUUUCUUGGUUACCUCGGCCUGACAACUUCUUUGUAAAGCCUCCCUGCUUUUGGUCCUCCUCUCUUCCUCUCCUUCUCUUCUAAUUUCUCCUCUUCCUCUUCUUCCUUUUCUCUUCUAUCCAUCCUCUGGACUCUUAAAGCGAUGGAUGUAAAGCUCUGUAAUGUAUCCAAGGUACUGUCACUCAGCACUAUGUAUGAGAAUGUCAAACAGCACUGAAAACACACCGAUAAGGAACGUUUUUGAAUUUAUUCAACUUUUGCAUCAUGCUCGUGAUUUUUGCUGCAUUCCUGCCUGCUUUAGCCUGUCAUAUAAUCACUGAACUCUUAGCUAUUUAACCGUGUGACAUAUUUAUUGCCUGUCUCUCUUGUCCUCCAGAAACCUUGAACUUAAAAAGUCUCAUUUUAUUAUAAAUUGUUCUAAUCAGAAACACGAGAUGCUGUGAAGUAAGGAUCAUUUAUUGAGAUGAUGAAAUAAUGUUGAGGGUGAGAUAGUUUGUUUUUCUUUUAAAACACAAUGUGUUUUUUAGACAUUUUUUAAAAAAAGCAGGUGACUUCAAAAGAACAUGAUUAAAGGAAGAAAAUAAGAGUUGACAGCAUUUCUAGCAGCUCUUUAAGCCUAUAUCUAUAUGAAGGUUUAUGUAACUGUUUACUUUGAGUUCAGCAUGCUAACAGGUCCACAGUACAAUGCUAAUAUAGCAGGUAUAAUGCUAAUUGUAUUCUAUGUUCUUAUUUUGUUAUUUGAACAUGCUAACUUUUGCUAAUUAGUGGCAGCGAGAACAAACUGCUGUUAUUACUGAGAAUGUCCUUAGUUUGGUAUGCUAAUAUGUUAAUUUUUGCAAAUUAACCGCUGAGGCUAAUGGGAAUGUCUUUAGUUUUAUUGUUGUAUUAUUUGCUUAUUGCUGCUGAGACUUUUUUCUUUACUUGGUAUAAAUGUCUUUAGUCUAGGUUUUUAGCAUGAUGAUGGCGAUUUAAUACUAAAAAGAUGCAGUUCAGCUAAGGGUUUCAUAUAUAUAUAUAUAUAUAUAUAUAUAUAUAUAUAUAUAUAUAUAUAUAUAUAUGUCUUUAACUUAGAUUGUUACUGCGCUAAUAUUUGCAAAUUAUCACAACAAAUAUUGCCGCUUAAAUUGAUGAGAAGGGUGUUAGUUUAACAUGCUGUUUAGCACUAAACACAAUAUACAAGUGAGGCUGAUGGGAAUGCCUUGUGCUGAUUUUUAGCAUGGAUAAUGUUGGCCAUAUCUUGCUGUGGCAUGUGAACAUGCUAAUCUUUGCUAAUUUGUACUAAAAGAAAUCACCACUUAGGCUGAUGGGAUAUUAUCAGUUUAUCAUGCUAAUUUGCACGAGUGAUGCAUUCCAGUUGAAGUCGGGAUUUCCAAGUUCCCAGUUGGAAUUGAACCGCCCUCUCAAGUUGGAUUUCCAACAGAAAAGUCAGACCAGCCCCACCAACUCCAACUUCUCAAUCCCAAAUGGUGGCUCCGAAUGGAAAUAGUAAUAAAACUGUAAAACUUUCAUUCGUUCCACCACUGUUGUGUAUCUGUGACUGACUCUAGCCUCAAAUGUGUUGCAGGGGCGUUUUGUGCGACAACACAACCGUUGCACCGUGUUAAUAGUGAUGCACGAAUGGCUCUACUUUGCUUAGAAGCAAAACUAGUCCUGGUAUCACUUGCUUUUUUGACUUUAUUACUGGAAUACAUUCAAAUGACAAGUGACAUCACUCCCAGCAUUGACAACCGACUUCUGAGUUAACUGGAUUCACCAUAAAAAUAAGCUAUUGAUGCUACUGGGAUUGAGAAUGUCUUUAGUUUUUUGUGUUUCGUGGUAACCUUUCUGUUUUGUAUAGGCCAAAAGGGAUAUCUGUAGCAUUUUAGUAUCUUUGUAAGUUAGUACUAAUCACACGCAAUAUUCCUGAGGGGGUUUGAAAUGACAUUACUUUAGGGUGCUAACAUGGUAAUUUCCACUGAAGCUGAUGAGAAUAUAAUUAUGGUGCAUUCCAGAUUAAGUCGAACUUUCAGAAUUCCCUGUUGGAAUGUUCAUCUCAAACAGCCCCUCAACUUGGAGUUCCAGCUGAUAAAGUGGGAGAAACCCCUAUAUAACAAUCAAAAAUGGUGGCAGUGAAUGGAAAUAGUAGUGAAACUGUAAUACUUUCAAUCUGUGCCACUGCUGACUUGCUAAAUAAGCCAAACACAGAGCAGUGAGCACGCUCUGUCCGUGAACGUGCUGCAGCUACAUUUUUAAGCACAAAGACCAAACAUUGUGCUGUGUUGCUAGUGAUGACAUGAAUGACUCUGCUUUGCUAAGAAGCAAAACAAAUCCUGUUUGUCGUGCUUUUCUGACUUUAGUACUGAAACACACUAACUCCGGAAUGACUUCACUCCACAGUUCUGAAUUAACUGGAAUGUGACAUUACUUUAGGGUAUUAGCAUGCUAACACUGGCUAAUGAAAACAAAAAAAUGCUCAUGGCAACUGAGGCAGAUGGAAAUUUCAUUAGUUUUUAUUGCUAAUUAACACAAAUUAAAGCAAUGGCUGAUAUUAUAGGUUUAGCUGAAGCUAGUGGGAAUUGUCAUAAAUUCAGCUUGUUAGCUUGUUAUUAUUUAAUAGAUAGCAGAAAACACACAGCAAAGCUAACAGUCCUCAGCUUAUUGUGUAAACAUGCUAACAUUUGCCAUUUAACAUUAAACAGAGCAUCUAGCUGAGCUGAUGAAAAUGUUGCUAGCUUUAUUAUUAUUAUUAUUAUUUUAUCCUGAAUUUGGUUAAAGUCAUCAGCAUGUUUGCAUCAAGUCUAAUGCUCCAUGCAAAUCCAUCCAGCCAACAAAUGAGGAGCUAUUUCCAACAGACCAGUUCAGAGGACCACACAAGGUUUAAAUCAUUGGUGUUUUACUCUCUGAGGUCAUCUACAACUGUGAGUGAAAGCAUUUUGAACCGUUGCAGCCGAAGUAUACUUUUAUAAUCUGCUGCUAAUUGUCUUAGUCAAUCUAAUCGUAAAGUCUAUAUUUUCUGAGAGACCAUCUUCACUUGUUUUGUCUGACUUUGGGAUUUUAUUACUGCAGAAAGCUCACAAAUACUCACAUUUGAUGAGAACACUUUAUUUUAUUUGACUGGUUGCAUGAAUUAUUUAAAGUUACCAUCCUUCAGUCUGCUGCUUCCACUUCAAUAUUGGAGGAUUUUUGGGGUUAUUCGUGGUUUCUGGAGGACAGUGAUGAUACUUCUAAUAUUUGUGUUGUAUAUUGAUAAUGUAUUUGUGUUUACAUGACUACAUGGGGCUCCUGCGAGUCUGAAAUGUCUUAAUUUAAGGUUGCACUAUAUGUAGACAGAAGAAACGUCAGUUUAGAACACUUUAGCCUUUUUUAAACACUUUAACUGUUGGUUUGUUUUGUAAUGUCGCUGAAGGAAAAGUCGAAACCCACAGCCAAAUAAUUACUCUGCAGCUUCAGUCCAGGGGAUCCAGUUUUUGUUAAAUUAUCCAGUACUAACAGCUGAUCCACGACUGGUAUGGGGCAGGGUUAGCUGCUCAAUAAAGUGUCAAAAAUA